UUUAUGGCCCUAUUUUUUAUCUGCAUUUACUUUUUUAUUUAGGCAGCUUCAGUACUCCAUACUUUUCCAGCCCAGCUGUUCAGAAAAGUGGAUACGCGGAGUAAAUAUUUACUAAUUUGAUUCUGUGCGGCACCCGUACACCCGGAAGCGUCGCCUGUUUUUGCCUCUCUGCCUCCAUCUGCUGGAUCGCGGGAGUUUCUGCUUCUGAUCGCGAGCAAGAAACUUAUCGACGUGACAGUUCCGCGACCAGCGCUCCGGUUUCGGUGUCCUGGAAUUUUUGUUUUAGCGGUUCCGCGAGCGAAGGUUGGGCGGAGCGGCUCAGGAGCGCUGUCGCGUCCCCGCUGUCUGCGUCGUGCUGCCGUGCGCGAGUUCCUGCUCACGAGCUCUUCUCCCAGCCUCAGCUACGAUGAGUGAAUACUUCAGCCUGUCGGACUGUGAUGUUGUGGGCUUCGACCUGGACCAUACGCUCUGCCGGUACCAUUUGAAGGAGACCUCCAGGCUCAUCUAUGAGAGUUUUACCCGGUACCUGGUGGAGUAUAAAGAAUACGACAAAGACUUGCUGAACCUGACUCCUGCUACCUGGGAUUUCUGUUUUAAAGGGUUAGUUGUGGAUCUGGAGGAUGGAAACCUUGUGAAGUUGGCUGAAGAUGGAACUGUCUUACGAGCCACACAUGGAACCAGUGACCUGAGCACAGAAGAAAUCAUCAAACACUACGGCCCAAAACGGGAAUGGAAGCACUUCAACAGUCUCAGUACCUCCUUCACAAGAUCUGCAAAAUACUAUUUCUAUGACAACUACUUUGAUCUGCCAGGAGCUCUGCUCUGUGGAAGAGUUGUGGAUAUGUUGCACAAGCGAGGGAAUGAGGUGAAUUCUGACUUUUGGAAAGACAUGGUUGCUGCCAUCGACCACAAUUACAAUACAUCUGCAUUUAAAGACGAUGCAGGGACAUACUUCCCCAGUGUGAAGAGGGAUCCUGGCCGGUAUUUGCAGCCGUGCUCUGACUCAGUGAAGACCUGGCUGCACAGUAUGAAGAAUGCUGGGAAGGUUCUUCUCCUCAUCACCAGCUCCCACAGCGACUACUGCAGGCUCAUCUGUGAGCACAUCCUCGGGAAGGACUUUGAGGAGCUUUUUGAUGUCAUCAUCACAAAUGCCCUGAAGCCUGGCUUCUUCUCCUUGGUGCCCCAGCAGAGACCUUUCAGGACCCUUGUGAACGACGUGGAGGAGAGCGAAGGCCUGCCGUCGCUGGACAAACCCGGCUGGUACUCUCAGGGCAACUGGCCACACCUGCACGAGCUGCUCAGGACCAUGACAGGGAAACCAGAGCCCAAGGUGGUGUAUUUUGGCGACAGCCUGAGGUCGGAUAUGUUCCCCGCCACCAGCUUUGGGAAGUGGGAGACGGUGAUGAUAGUGGAGGAAAUGGAAGGGGAGGGCGUCCCGAAAAGUGACGCAGCAAUGUCUAAUGAGGCUCAAGUGGAGCCGCUGGAGAAAAGGGGAAAAUUUGAGGAGCAGGGCAUGAAGUCGCCCUCCGCCGUGUCCAACCAGUGGGGGUCCUACUUUGUUGAUGUCCACAGGAGUGGAGGAGACGAUGAGGAGCACCAGAAGCUGACCUGGUGCUGCCACUGCAUCCACAAAUACAGCACCAUGGCCAUACCGAGUGUGGAGCACAUAGCAGGUCUCCCUCUGGAUUACAAGUUCCCCAGAUUUUCCCCUGACAAGCCCUGCACCACCGGCUACUACCCUAGGCCUCCGGAUUCUUUGCUGAAGAGGUGUGAGAAUCUAUCAUAAAAAUAAAGAAGAAGAAAGGGUGAAAAAAGGAAAAAAGUCCUCCAUAACCCCUCUGCCUAAGGAGAGGAAUGUGCCUCCAUUUUGCCGGUAGUUUCCACCUGACCCCACCAUCAGCACAGGAAGCAUUUACUCCUCACCCGUCCAGAGAAACCAUGUGAAUGUACGCCACAGCAUCUCCAUCACACCUACAUUUGAAAGUUGUUUCGUGGUUUUGUGUACCGUACACGUGGAAAUACAAGAAAAUAAGUGUGUUUACACUCAGAAAAAGUAUAAUGAUCCAUUGGUUUCUCUCUUUUUUGUGUCAGAGGCUGAAUCUUUGAAACUUCUCUGAAAUAAAGUGAACAUUUUACUGUCUCUUUACCCUGAAGUGAUUACCUCAACAGCAACUUGUACUCGUGUCGGUAUUUCUGUACAACACUGUUAUUGUGAACUCUUUUCUUUUAGAUGCAGUUUAACUGUGUGUGUUUGGUAACCUGAACAUGAGGUUUAAGGUUUACUGUUUGUCAUUUUUGUGGGAGAUGUUUAUCCUUAUUGUUGCUACAGAAUUAGCACAAUACUGUCAGAAAAUAACUAUGGAAACUAUAAUAAUAAUAAUGAAUGAUGAAGACUAUGCUAGAUAUUCUCUGUAUUACUUUUGGUACCACUGUGAGAUGUGCUCUUAGAGUGACGUGGACUACUUGUGCUUCAUUCAUAUGCAGACUGAGAUACGCUUUAACCGACUUCUGAAUGGUUAUUUUGUCGGUGAACAUAAAGUUGUGCCAUAAUAUUGAAGGAACACUCAGUCUGUGGAAGAUCGCUUGUUGCUGUCAAAGAUGACUUGUGUCAGGAGUUCAGCAGAACUUAGCACAAAGACUGAACAACAACGUGGUGAAAUACACCUGCACUAAGUCCAGACGUUCAUUCUCUACAAGUUACGUAAAGUAUCCUAAUUUAACUGGCUAAUCCAGUUUGAGUCAUUUUAAUCCACAUCAAUUACUUCCCGUCUA